CAUACUCCUUCCGCACAUCAUCCUGGGCUAGCAACAUGUCGACCAGCGGACUAAAGGCCAUCUCCCCCGUGCCUACGGCGGCGGACUUUCUCGACAUCGUCUUGUCCAAGACGCAGAGGAAGACCCCCACGGUCAUCCACAAAAACUUCAAGAUCAGUCGUAUACGAAACUUUUACAUGCGCAAGGUCAAAUUCACGCAAGAUUCAUUCGAUGAAAAGCUUAGCGCCAUCUUGGAAGAAUUCCCUAUGCUUGAUGACAUACACCCAUUCCUGUCUUCCCUUAUGAACGUGCUGUACGAUAAAAACCAUUACAAGCUCGCUCUCGGUCAGCUUCGUACCGCGAGACAUCUCAUCGACCAAGUCGCAAAAGACUAUGUUCGUCUUCUCAAGUUCGGUGACAGCCUGUACCGAUGCAAGCAGCUCAAGCGGGCUGCACUGGGUCGCAUGGCUACGAUCAUGCGCCGACAAAAAGACCCACUUGCCUACCUCGAGCAAGUGCGCCAACACAUUUCCCGUCUCCCCAACAUCGACCCCACCGCCCGUACCCUCCUUAUUUGCGGUUAUCCAAACGUCGGCAAAUCAUCUUUCAUUAACAAGGUCACCCGCGCGGAUGUCGACGUCCAGCCCUACGCCUUCACCACCAAGUCCCUUUUCGUCGGUCACCUCGAUUACCGCUACAUGCGCUGGCAGGUGAUUGACACGCCCGGGAUCCUCGACCACCCGCUCGAGGAUAUGAACACGAUCGAGAUGCAGAGCAUUACAGCGCUCGCGCAUCUGAAGAGCUGCGUGCUCUACUUCAUGGACCUCAGCGAGCAAUGCGGGUAUAGCAUCGAGGCGCAGUGCAAGCUCUACCACUCCAUCAAGCCUCUCUUUGCGAACAAGCCGACCAUGCUAGUGAUCAACAAGAUCGAUGUGACGCGCCUCGAUGACCUCUCCCCGGAGAAUCGCGCGCUCGUCGAAGAGAUUAUCAACAGCGAGGGCGCGAUGCACGUCCAAGUCUCGUGUUACACUGAUGAGGGUGUCAUGGAGCUCAAGAACAAGGCGUGCGAUGCGCUUCUCGAGCACCGGGUCGACCAGAAGCUUAAGGGUAACAAGAUCAACUCGAUCCUUAACCGUCUGCAUGUCGCGCAGCCGAAGGCGCGCGACGACCUCGUCAGAGAGCCGUUCAUUCCUGAAGCAAUCAAGGAACGGAAGAAGUUCGACAUGAACGAUCCUGACCGGCCGAGGUUGGAGAAGGACAUUGAGGCUGAGGAGGGCGGGCCUGGAGUAUACAAUAUCAACCUCCGAAAGAACUACAUGCUCGCGAACCCUGAGUGGAAAAUGGACGUCAUCCCGGAGAUCAUGGACGGCAAGAAUGUUGCUGACUUCAUUGACCCCGACAUCCUCGAGAAACUCGAGGCGCUCGAGCGGGAAGAGGAGAAGCUGCAAGCAGAAGGCUUCUACGACAGUGAGGAAGACAUGUUUGACUCCGACGAUGAGCGAGAAGCUGUAGAGGCGAAGGUCUCCCGCCAACACAAGCUUGUCUCGCAGAGCGGCAAGAAGGCUAUGAAGAACCAGGCGAAACUCCCGCGGACAGUAGGCCUGCGGACGAUUACCGAACUCACGUCCGAGCUCACCAAGGCCGGCCUCGACCCCAGCCGCAUCCAGGAGCGCGCCGAGCGGCUCGCGAAGAUUGCUGGCGCGAAGCGGAAACGGCAGCGCGAGGAAGAGGAGGCGGAGAUGGACGUCGACGAGGACAAAGCCGCGGAGGACGAGGACGAGUGGAUGGACGUCGAUGGGGAAGAGCGGCCGACGCCAAGCAAGCGGGCGAAGGCGAAUUCGGGCGCUGUCAUCACAAAGGGCAAGCUGCCGAGGACGGAUCGUCGGUUGGGGGGUAUGCGGGACGAAGCUCAAGCAUCGAAAGCCAUCAAGCUGCGGGAUCUCAGUCACAGAAGCCGCAAUAUGCAGGCCAAGGCCGGAGAGAGCGACCGUGCCAUCAAGACCAAAAUGCCGAAGCAUUUGUUUGCUGGCAAACGGAAGAUGGGCAAGACAAAUCGCAGAUGAUCUUUGCCUUCUCCGUCAUUGUGUACUAUCUCGCUGUUCAUAUUAUCUUUCCCACUUUUGCAUUUACUUAUGGAUGGUUGACAUCGUUGACAUCGCUGCUCGAAUGUCUGAUCUGUCUACAACGAAAGCAACACUGUAUUCCAGUUCCAGCUAUACAGAUAAGCCAGCAUUGGCGCAAAGCAACUCGAGGGUGAAUAGUACACGGUAAGAACAGCAGUUGUGUUACGAAGAAAAGGUUGGCCACACGGAUGUGGGCGCAAUAAGUAAAUCCAA